UCACUCUAAGAAGCUGCAACACGUGCGGUUUCACAUUGUUUUGAUUUGGUUUAUUUGAUUUAAGCAACGUUGGAACUUUUUAGUUAAACAGUUUAACCAUGAAAAUCCGCAAAAACCAUGCCCGCAAGCGCUACCGCUACAACGUAAACCGAAAGACCAUGAACAAAACACGCAGUUCCACGGGGAAAAUCAAGGACCCAAGGAUGAAAAAGAUGUGGAUUGAGGACCAACGCGUGGGCACCAACUUCAGCGAAAUGGGUUUGGCCAAGGAUGUCAACAAGGCGAUUGCGAUCCCCAGCUACAAGCAGGAUCGUCUCCUGGCGGCGAGAGUGGUGAAUGGAUUUCUGGAGGAGGAACUGGACGACGAUGAGCGCCGAGCUCUGGGCAUUAAGAAACCAGUCGCGGAUGAGGGUCCAAAACGAGGACAUGUGGUCCAGGAACUAGAGCAACUAGCCAGCGAGCGUGCAGAUCCGGAAUUCAGAUUACCAAAGGGCGUCGUCAAAGAGCUCUCCUACUUCCUUAAUAAGCACAAGUUCAACUACAAAGCCAUGGUCGCUGAUAGAAAGAACUUCGGUCAAUGGACCUGGCGGCAGUUUCGAUUGAAGAUUCGCAGAUUUAUGUCCAUUCCGGAGCAGUUUAAUGUUUAUCUAGAACAAAAGAAACUUCCUGUGGGAAUUAAACCCGACUGGGAGGAGUACGAGUCGGACAGUGAAUGGAAAUAAAUUCUUCAGACUUUUAACAUAAAAUAGAUCUGGUUCUUAUGCUAUAAUGUGUAAUACUUAGACUAAUCGUAACUUUUUAAAUACACAAAAAAAUAUUAAGAAAACAAAAUUAACAAUGUAACUUUUUGAAGUCAGUGAAUUGAGGCAAUCCUUUUUUUUUAAAUUUCUAACGUACGACCAAUAGAAAACGGGAGCCUGUCGUCUCCUUCUAACUAUAAUGCGAAUAUGUAUAUUGCUCGCGCUCUAUUUUUUCAUGAAAGUUAAAAUAUAAAACAUUAAUUUUUAACAACACUGAAUAAGAUACAAGUUUCGACCAUUGUGUUCAACGAGUCGGCUACUUUAUUUUUUAACAAGCCCACCCAUUUUUCGUGAACUGAAUUUACAUAUCAACAUAUAUUUUUUCAAUAGUCAAUGAAAUUCAAAAUAAAAUAAAUACAGAACAGAA